AUGAUAAAGAUCGCUCUUGAAAUGGGAAUAAGUGACCGAUCAGUGCGGCAAAUGGCAAAAACAGAAUUUGGACUGAUGCCUUACAAAUUCCGAAAAAGUCAGCUUCUCACUGAAGAAAACAAACUCUUGCGACUCCAAAGAUGUCGGGCCGCAAGUCAGCACUGGGAGAGAAUCCUUUUCACGAUUGAGAAGCUCUUUGGCGUCCAACAAGCUCAUAACUCUCAGAACGAUAGGAUCUGGUCUAUAGACACUCCAAGAACCUUGGAAAUAGUUGAACAUCACAAACAUCCAAAGUCGAUCAUGAUCUGGUGCGGAAUUUGCGGAAGAGGUAAAACAUUUCUGGGUUUUAUGGAUGUAGGAGUUAAAAUAAAUCGAAAAGUGUACCAGUGGGACAUUCUAGAUUCUGUUGUACUUCCGUGGCCCAAAACACACUUUGGCAGUGUAAACUAG